GAGGGUAUCUUGGCAUUCAUUAUGUGGCUGGACGUGAUGGGCCUGGCACCACAAACCUCCCAGAUCAUACAAGUAGUCAAACGGAUGGGGAAUCACCAUUGUUUGUAUCAAGACAGGGCAAGAAGAUCUCUGUCUCGGCUGUGGGCUUGAUAGUAAAACAGUUCGCUGAACACGCGGGCCUAAAUGGUAGGUUUACGGCUCAUUCGUUAAGAAUAGGAGGGGCCACGGCAGCAAUGGCCACGGGCAUAAGUCUCACACAAAUCCGGGCGAUAGGGGGCUGGGAUUCCAAGGCU